AUGAAGGUGCGGCAGCGCCUCGUGCUCGCCAUCGCGCUCUCGCUCGCCUUCAUGCUCGUCGAAAUCGUCGGAGGUGACUCUCGCCCCGCGCUCUCGCCCCGCGCCCUGUUGUACCUCCCGAGCAUUCUACUUCUCAUGCCUGUCCGCUCUCUCCCCCAUCAGCUGUCUUUCCCUCAGGGCACCGUCCCUGAAUUCCUUCUCUGCAGUUUCUCCGUUGCCUCCCAAAAGUUCCCUCACUGCUCAACCCUUACCACUUCCUCUCUUAACACGUCCCUCCGUGUUCUCCAUUUUGCUCCCUUUCCGCAACCCCCCCCGUUGCCCCCUCCCCGCCUCCUGUCCAACAGUCUCGCCGUGCUCACGGAUGCGGCGCAUCUCCUCUCCGACAUCGCCAGCUUCGCGUUGAGUCUGUUUGCGCUGUGGAUGGCGGGGUGGGAGGCAACCCCGCGGCACACGUUCGGGUACCACCGCAUGGAGAUCCUGGGCGCGCUGGUGUCCAUGCAGCUCAUCUGGAUGAUCACCGGCAUUCUGCUCUACGAAGCCGUCUCCAGGCUUAUAUCGCAGACAGAGUCGGUGGACGGGCGGCUCAUGUUCAUCACGUCGGCUUUCGGCGUGGGCGUGAACGUACUCAUGACCCUCAUUCUCGGCCACCACCACCACGGCCAUGACCACGGCCAUGACCAUGGGCACGACCAUGGGCAUGGGCAAGCACACGGGCAUGGUCACUCGCAUGGGCAUGGGCAUAGCCAUUCACAUGAGCAUGGGCAUGAGCACGGGCACGUGCAUGGGUGGAAGGAGCCAGGAGGGGAUGGGCAUGACCAUAGUCACGGCCACGGACAUGCACAUGGGCAUGCAGAGGCAGGCGAUGCCAUAGUGACCCUCCACCACAGCGCCGACCACUCUUCCCAGCAUCAACAUCAGCACUCCGCGUCUACUCCUGCAGAAGCAGAACCGACGAGGGCGCGCAACAUAAACCUGGAGGGGGCGUACUUGCACGUGCUGGGGGACCUGCUGCAGAGCAUAGGAGUCAUGGUGGGAGGCGCUGCCAUCUGGUACAACCCCGAAUGGAAGAUAGUGGAUCUGAUAUGCACGCUGCUCUUCUCCGUGCUCGUGCUCUUCACCACAUACCGCAUGCUGCGCGAUGUCAUUGAUGUGCUCAUGGAGUCCACUCCACGCGGAAUCAACGCCUCAGAGGUGGAGGCGGGGCUGAAGACGCUACCAGGGGUGGAGGACGUGCACGAGCUGCACAUCUGGGCACUCACCCUGGGCAAGGUGAUGCUGGCGUGCCACGUGCGCAUCGACGCACACAGCAACCCAGAGGACGUGCUCAACGCCGUGCUGCGCUUCUGUGAGCGCACGUACCGCAUCAGCCAUGCCACCGUGCAGGUGGAGCGCAGCAGGGUGCCCGCGCUGCAGGGCUCGCAGUCCGCUCCCGAUAUAGUGUCGUCGCCACACGGUGCUGAUGAUGCACCUCUUGACUCACUUCCAGCCUCCAGCGCCAUGACUGCCUCUGUUUCGUAG